GUGUCAGUGUGAAAAUUAUUUUGCCGGAGAAAAAAAUUAAAUUUCAAUUUGGAUUUAGGAAAAAGCAUUUUCUGCUGCACAACGAUUACAACAAUUGGUGAACUACAAGGUGGCGAAUUACAAGCUAGAGACGUGUCAGUGUGAAAAUUAUUUUGCCAAAUCUAUUUAAAUUUGGAAUAAGUACUGGAAAAAGAAACAUUUACUGCUGCACAUUGAUUAAAUAAUUACAAGACGUCAGUAUUGGUGGAAUAUAUCCGAAUUUUCUGUAAAACUAAUACACAACUUAAAAAAAGUAAUUAAAAGAAAAAGAAACCGGCUUAGAAUAUGUCUGGAAUAGCAGCUAUACGUUUGUCCGAGGAACGUAAGGCCUGGCGCAAGGACCAUCCUUUCGGAUUCGUUGCUCGUCCCGCCAAGAAUCCCGAUGGCACCCUCAACUUGAAGAUUUGGGAGUGCGCCAUUCCCGGAAAGAAGGGCACCGACUGGGCGGGUGGCCUCUACAAGCUACGCAUGACUUUCAAGGAUGAGUAUCCGAGCACUCCGCCGAAAUGCAAAUUCGAGCCACCCCUCUUCCAUCCCAACGUGUAUCCGUCGGGCACUGUCUGCCUCUCGCUGCUGGAUGAGGAGAAGGACUGGCGUCCAUCCAUUACCAUUAAGCAGGUGCUAAUGGGCAUUCAGGAUUUGCUGGACUCGCCCAACAUCAAAGACCCAGCCCAGGCCGAGGCCUAUACUGUCUAUCUGGAAAACCGCCAGAAUUACAAGGCGCGCGUCAUCGCCCAGGCCCGUGACAUGGCUCCUGCCGUGGAGCCUGCCAAUAAAACUGACAAGUAAUACACAAACAAAAUCAAAGAGAAUCAUGAAUGAUAGGAAUCAUGAUUCAUGCAAUUUAAAUGGAAUUAUAGUUUCCGUUUAAAUUCUAAACAAUAAUUUUAAUAUUUAAGCUUUGUGGGCCACUGAUUGAAGCAACACACAACACACAAUAAACAUUCCAAUUUCCAAUCAGAAAAUAAACCCUAAAUAUUGUUAUCAGCUAA